UGCAUCCUUGUAGAACCAGUGGUUGUUCCUUUGUGCUGAUCGGUGCGGACCACCAAGAGUGAUUGAAUGGAUAUUACCAGGUGCACGGACAAAUGGGAGAGGCCUGCAUCGUCCUCCAUGAUGCUGUCCAGUAAGAAGUCUGACCCGGGCUCGUCUGCGUCUGCCUCCAACAUGGCGGCUGGAGGCGAGGGGGUCUCAGAGACACCAGGAGGCCCUCAGACAGGGGCUGUAGCCUCUGCCACACCGGGCCUCUCGGAUGUGAAGAAGAAGGAGCGGGCUUCCCCCAGUGGUGAGCCUGGUGGGCCCCCCAUGCCUCAUCCAGCCAGUGCAGGGGCCCAAGAUCAGGAGAACAGGAGGACCAGCCGACGCAAGAAAGCGAAAGUGGAAUAUCGCGAAAUGGACGAAAGCCUGGCCAACCUCUCGGAGGAUGAGUACUACUCGGAGGAGGAGAGGAACGCCAAGGCAGAGAAAGAGCGCAAACAGGUCAUCCCUCCUCCGGCUCCUCCUGUUGAGGAGGAGAACGACAGUGAGCCUGAGGAGCCAUCAGGUUUGGAGGGUGCGGCAUUUCAGAGUCGCCUCCCCCAUGACCGCAUGACCUCGCAGGAGGCUGCCUGCUUCCCAGACAUCAUCAGUGGGCCGCAGCAGACACAGAAGGUCUUCCUCUACAUCCGCAACCGCACGCUCCAGCUGUGGCUGGACAACCCCAAAAUCCAACUGACUUUCGAGGCCACUGCUCAGCAGCUGGAGGCUCCCUACAACAGUGAUACUGUCCUGGUCCAUAGGAUUCACAGUUAUCUGGAGAGGCAAGGUCUCAUCAACUUUGGCAUCUACAAGCGAGUCAAGCCCCUGCCAACUAAGAAGACAGGUAAGGUGAUCAUCAUUGGUGGAGGGGUGUCGGGACUGGCAGCUGCUCGCCAACUGCAGAGUUUUGGCAUGGACGUGACUGUGCUGGAGGCCAGGGACCGUGUUGGAGGGAGAGUAGCCACUUUCCGUAAGGGCAAUUAUGUGGCAGACCUUGGUGCCAUGGUGGUAACUGGGCUAGGCGGAAACCCCAUGGCUGUGGUCAGCAAGCAGGUCAACAUGGAGCUGGCCAAGAUCAAACAGAAGUGUCCACUCUACGAGGCUAAUGGCCAAGCUGGGGAACGCUGCACCAGUGUGCCCAAGGAGAAGGAUGAGAUGGUUGAGCAGGAGUUCAACCGGCUGCUGGAGGCCACCUCCUACCUCAGCCAUCAGCUGGACUUCAACUUCCUCAACAACAAGCCCGUGUCCCUGGGCCAGGCCCUGGAGGUGGUCAUCCAGUUACAGGAGAAGCAUGUGAAGGAUGAACAGAUCGAACACUGGAAGAAAAUCGUGAAAACUCAAGAAGAACUCAAGGAACUGCUCAACAAGAUGUUUGCCACUAAGGAGCGGGUGAAGGAGCUCCACCAGCAGUAUAAGGAGGCCAGUGAGGUGAAGCCCCCCAGAGACAUCACAGCAGAGUUCUUGGUCAAGAGCAAACACCGUGAUCUCACCGCCCUCUGCAAGGAGUAUGAUGAGCUGACGGAGAUGCAGGCGAAGCUGGAGGAAAGACUUCAGGAGCUGGAGGCCAAUCCCCCAAGUGACGUGUACCUGUCAUCCCGUGACCGGCAGAUCCUUGACUGGCACUUUGCCAACCUGGAGUUUGCCAACGCCACCCCGCUCUCCACCCUAUCCCUCAAACACUGGGACCAGGAUGAUGACUUUGAGUUUACAGGGAGUCACCUGACGGUGCGUAACGGUUACUCAUGUGUCCCCGUGGCUCUGGCUGAAGGGCUGGACAUCAAACUCAACACUGCCGUGCGACAAGUCCGCUACACUGCCUCUGGUUGUGAGGUGAUAGCAGUGAACACGCGCUCCACCACUCAGACAUUCAUCUACAAGUGUGACGCGGUGCUGUGCACACUCCCACUGGGCGUGCUCAAGCAACAACCGCCUGCUGUGCAGUUUGUGCCCCCACUGCCCGAGUGGAAGACUGCCGCUAUCCAGAGGAUGGGCUUCGGAAACCUCAACAAGGUGGUGCUGUGCUUUGACCGUGUGUUCUGGGACCCCAGUGUGAACCUGUUUGGCCAUGUGGGAAGCACCACGGCCAGCCGAGGCGAGCUCUUUCUCUUCUGGAACCUCUACAAGGCUCCCAUCCUGUUGGCGUUGAUGGCGGGAGAAGCAGCGGGCAUCAUGGAGAACAUCAGUGACGAUGUGAUCGUUGGCCGCUGCCUCGCCAUCCUCAAAGGCAUCUUUGGCAGCAGUGCUGUCCCACAGCCUAAAGAGACGGUGGUGACACGCUGGCGUGCUGACCCCUGGGCCCGCGGCUCCUACUCAUAUGUGGCGGCCGGUUCCUCUGGCAACGAUUAUGACCUCAUGGCCCAACCAAUAACGCCUGGGCCCGCAAUCCCAGGAGCAUCACAGCCUGUUCCACGCCUCUUCUUUGCGGGCGAGCACACCAUCAGGAACUACCCGGCCACGGUGCACGGUGCCCUGCUGAGCGGCCUGCGGGAGGCCGGGCGCAUCGCCGACCAGUUCCUGGGCGCCAUGUACACCAUGCCACGACAGGCCACACCCACAGCCAACCCACAGCCUGCCUCUAGCAUCUAAACCACUCCAUGUCUGAAUGUCAUCAAAGGAUUACUAGUCAAAUGUAUGUGUGUAUGUGUGCCCACCUGCUGUACAGUGUGUACAGUGUGUACAGUGUGUGUGUUUGUGUGUGUGUGUGUUUAUAAACACUUGCCUUCUAUGAUCCCCAAUAACUGAUGGCUGGUCUGCCAGCUGAAGAGGUCAAGAGGAACUCAAAGGCAGUCUGCUGACCUUUUUUCACUAUUCUUCAGAGGCCCUGGUGUCUGUCUGUCUGUCUGUCUGUCUGUCUGUCUGUCUGUCUGUCUGUAGGAAGGAGAGGUGACUUGACCUCUCUCAAAACUGAGCCGUCUACCGUGCCCAUCACAGCAUUAACACACACACACACACACACACACACACACACACACACACACAUACAUACACAUACACACAUACACACACACAAACAAUCAUUUCCCACAGCAAACAGAAGAGGGACUGAACUCUCUGCUCUCCAAACUGGAAGCUGCACUUGCUUCAUGGACAUUUUCUUUAUUUUUGUACUGAGAUUAUGUUUAGUUGCUCCACAGUGAUCAAUAGUGUAUGUUCCAAAAGUAUGUCUCUUCUGAAAUGAAACCUUCUACAAAAUGCUUAUGUUGCAGAGCUAGAUGUAGUGUCAAGAUGAAAUAACUAGGUAGUCUGUGCAGAUAGUUUUACUUUGUGAAAAUAUAUUGAAGUCUAAAGCAUAGAUUUGUGUUGCCUGCUCUAUUUGCAAGCUGCUUGUUUUUGUUGUUGUUGUUUUUUUAUUAUAGUGAUUGUCAUUGUGAACCUUUUUUUAUAUUAUGGAAAGAAUUUGUUAAUUAAAAGAUGUAAUAAAGAAGCUGCCUGUGUGA